GAUUUCAAACGCUCUUCUCCAUCAUCAUUUUCACACUCAAAGGAAAAAAAAGCAAUUAACCCUGUGUCGCUAACACCAACAGUCACACACAGACACACACACGCUCGCCUACACACACAUAUCUAUUCUACUUCUUUCUUCUCUAAAAGGAGAUCUUCCUCUUCAAAAACAAACAGCACCCUUCACCUUCUCCAGCUCGAACCAUGUCGCGCCCCGCCCACACCGCGCCGGCUGCGGCCAAGCAGUACUCCACGCCGUCCCUCUUCAAGGACUACAACAAGGCCACCAAGGACAUGCUCACGAAGAACUACCCGGCGCCGGGGAACUGGACGGUGGAGUGCAAGUACAAGGGGCCCAAGGACACCUUCUUCGUGAACCCGCAGGUCAGCAAUGAGGGCAAGAUCACGACGGACAUCGAGUACGUCGCGGAGUGCAACGGCGGGGUCAAGAUCAGCCUCACCCCCGACAUCGCGCGCGAGAUCAAAGGGACGGCGCACUACACGCUGAACGGGCACAAGGUCGAGGUCGCGCUGCAGCGCAACGGGGACAGCCUUCGCUACGAGGUCAGCCACGAGACCUGCGUCGCCCUGUCGAAGCUCGCGAGCAUCAAUGAAAAGAUUACGCCGGAGCAGGUGGAGCUGGGCAUGGGCAUCGACGUCGCGCCGAACUGCCAGGUCGGCUGCGGCGCGGUGUACGACCGCAAGGCGAACGAUUGCAGCUGGAACGUCGGCUGCCGCUGGGCGGAGAAGGGGUACGAGGUGGCGAUCCGCACGAACCGCUUCCGCACCUACCAGUCCAGCGCCAGCCUGCCUGUGAACUUCACCUUCCGCGGCAACCCGUGCACGGUGCGCGGUGCGGUGGAGGUGGAGUGCGGGCACGGUCGCGGGGACAAGGGCACAGGUGUGACCUUCGGCGUGGAGGCGACGUGCCCGGUGCUGCCGGCCAACACGAUUAAGGCGCGUGUGAACCGCAACAAGGAAUGGGCCGUCGCCUACAUCGCCAAGAUGGCGGACAACUGGACCGUGUCGGUGUCGAUGGACAAGAAUCUGAAGCCGGGCGUGCUGCUGACCCACUCGUAA